CAGGACAACGACAGCAGGAACUUUUAGGACAGCUGGUGGUACCGAAUCAGUGGGGACAGGCACUACGGGGAAUGGUUCUCAGAGAAAUAGUAGGAGUAGCACAGGUAGUACUACUACUAUUCGGGGACAUCUUUCGGUUGCUGAUGCCAGUGGAGUCCAAUCGCGUUUCCCUGUUCCAACAGGUAGUCCGCCACUUUACCCACGUAUUUCAGCUUGCAGCAUUGACGAGGUUGAAUUGGCUUCCACCACCAGUGAAAUUCCGGCAAUCCACGAUCAUACAGUAGAGGACUUGCAAGAGAGAUUACUUCAUCCCCCGCCUUUGUUCCGAAACAGCGAUGCGCUCCUUACCACGGACGAGGAAGAUGAUGUUUCCUUGUGCAACCCGUUUGACGAUGAGGACGAGGCCGUGGAACAUCAUAAAAUAGAGAAUGGGAAUGCACGACUUGAAGCACAGACUGGUGAAGGAGUAGUAAAGAAUCUUAACUCGUCAGCUUCACAUGAAAGCAGAGAAGGACGACUCGAGGCACAGGAAGAAGGGAAAGGACUAGCAGCAGGUUUCAACUCGUUCUCCUCAUCCGCUGCAAAGUCAGUUGAAACGAGCUCUCCGUCAACUAAGCCCGAGCUCUGCUUCAGGCGGUUUCUAGAUUUCGGCUCAGAAGGUGUGGUGAACAACAGCCAGCUGGGAUCUAAGAGGAUAUCUUUCCUAGUCUUCGUUCUUGGCUUCCUGUGUGCACGGCAAGCAGCGCUCCUCAGUGAUGUCCACGAGGAAAAGCUUUUCGUGAUAUUACAGCAAAGUCUGCAACAAGACUUGGCAACACUUGGAGGGCCGACGAUAAACGCGCACGCGAAUACUAUAACCUUACCUUCUCAGCUUACUCUUGCACCAGCAACGGGGUACUUCAACUUCGUGCUGUUGUUACCAGUGUUGAUUGAGUGUUUAUUGGCGACUGAUGGAAAACGGUGGUCGAGGGCUGUGCUCAUUGCAGCGCUAGGGUUGCUGAGUGUGAACGCCUUCAUGUGGUUACCAUGGUUCAAAUGGUUUUAUGGUGAUUCCGUUAUCCAGACUGCAGCAACCUUUAACGUGGAGCUCGGCGACGAAGUGCCAUUGUCUGCGCGGCUGCUUUCCUACAUAGAUCCAGCUGUAGUACACAGGCAUGCCGAGUUACUGACUGGUGUAGACGGUAGUUCGUCACAAGACUCUGGAAUCAAGACCAAGGAGGUCAUUCGCAAAACCCUAGAAGCCGUAGUAGCUCACGGUGUGGCGAAACGACGCGUAGACGCCUAUCUGAACAUAUUUGCGUGGCAAUGCUGGUCGUUUUUGGAGCGGCCGGCUUCUCAGAGGACACUCCCAUCUUCGAAUGAGAGAAGUACACAAGCAAAAUUCGUCUCCUUUGUGCGUCGACCAGAAAGUCUUUACGCAAGGUGGCAACGGGGUGC